AUUCUGGUGAAUUGGCUGAGUUUGAAUUGAAGUUUGAAUGAAUCGGGGUGGCGGUGAGGUUAGGAAAUGUUAACGACGCUGUUGUAGUAGCUCCAGGCUAGUCAUAGUAGAAAAUUGUUCCUUUUCACUUUCAGUAGACUAAUUGAUUGAAAACUCUCAUGGAUAUGAAUCGUAGUGAGGAUAAAGACCCUACUUGCAUCAUAAAAAUGUUGGACGAAUUUCGAUCUAAUCCUGCAUCAACUCGAAGAACAAUAAUGGGAGGAAGGCCCAUGUUUCCUUUUGGAAUACAACCUCCAAGUACUACGAAACCAACCAAACUUAAUUUUGACGAUUCUUUCUCUCAAAGUCAAAAUGAUAGCGGACCCUCAAAAAGGUUAAAACUUGGAGAUGAUUCUGUUGAUUCUUCAAUUGAUUCCUCAAAAGUUAGUGAGUCUUCUGUUAUGGCCUCUCCUUGGGAAACACGGCGUUUGAAAGCUGAGUUGACAGAGGCCAGAGCACAAAUUGCCUCUCUGGAGACAAGAUUUAGUCAGGUUCACGCUCUUCGCAAAGAAACAGAGCUUGUUUUUGAACAAGAAAAAAAUGCCCUUCAAAAACAAAUAGAAAGGGAUAGGAUCAAGAUCCAUGAACUAGAACAUCGGCUGAAAACUAUUCGUAAGCGAGAUGCUGAGGCACGUGAGGAGUUGGAAAAGUUGCGGAACUCACAGAAACAAGAAAAAUAUGUUUCAGAUGAUAGAUGUGAGAAACUACAGCUUGACAAUGCUCAGUUGCAGGACAAACUGGCAGAGCUGGAGAGUAGUAGCCGAGACAAGUUGGAGGCGGUUUUUUUAGAGCGUCAGCUAGCCCGAGUGGAGGCGGAGGCUGCUGGAGUACGGGCAGAGCUGGUAGAGGCUCGGAAACUAACAGAGGAACUGACGACGGAACUCCGUGACAGACGGAGGGAGCUGCGGCAGUGGGAGACCGACAAGUCUAAGUUGCUCGUGGCUACUCAGCGUAUCAAGGAGCUGGAGUAUGAGAAAGAGUCUCACCAAGAGGCUUAUAAUCUGGCGCAGACUCAGCAGAACAAGCUGCUCAGGAUCUCAGAACUUGAGCGGGAAAUUAGUCUGCUCAAGGAGGAUAAUAAAAAUCUGAGACAAGCGACCACCAACACCGUCUACUUGGAAGGGCUUGUGGAGGACCUGCGCACCAAGCUGCGGCAACUGGAGGAGCGUGAGCGAGAGUGCGUGAGUCUGCGUGUGGAGGUAGGCGUAGCCCAAGGGCGGCUGAAUGAGUGGGAGGGACUGGCCCGUUCUGUGAUGGGGUCCGCUCCACUGCAUGGCCCACUCGCUUUACGCCGCUGUAUAGAGACACUGCAGCAACGUGAGCUGACUCUGUCACAAGAGAAGGCGCAAGCAGAGAGCGUACUGAAAAGCCUCAAAGAAGUUCACAAUGAAAAACUAAAACAGCUACAAGAAGCCAAUGAUCAGCUUGCUAACACAAAGAAAAACUUGGAGCUGCAAUCCACCAAGAUCCGCAGGCUACGAAAACAGAUCACUCUUAUCACUUGGGAACGAGAUGAUCUGCGCAGCCUGGUGGACUCGUGCCAGAAAGAGGUGACUAUGACUGGAGUCUCACUGGAGUCCCAGCCCAACUCCAGGCUGGAGGCUUUAGAGAAGCUGGUGUCUGGGUAUCAGCAACGCAUGUUACAGUUGGAGUCAGAUCCCAGUCUAGCCAUCAUGGAUGUGGAAGGUUAUGGAAACAAGGCUUCAUCAGAGCGCAUGGAUGCUCUUCUGGCAGAGAAGGCAGCUUUGGUGAAGGAAAAGGAGAGUCUCCAGAAGGAGGUGGAAGAACUGAAGAUACAAAUGGAGUACAGGUCCUUGAAAGGAGAUUUCGACAUGAGAGACUGCAAGAUAAUGCACUUCAGAAUGAACCCACAGGCAGAGGCAGAGCAACGACAGCAGACCGAGCUGGCUCAGUGUCAGGCGGAGGCGGCCAAGCUCAGAGAGAGGGUACGGCUGUUAGAGGAGGGCCACACUCAUGACCUCACACUAGCUGUUGCAGACAAGAUGGCUUCCAGCUCCACCAAGGAAGUGGAAGAACUAAAGGAGAAGAUGAAGUCGUUUGAGCGUCAGAAUCAGCGACUGAGGGAAGUAUUCAAGACGACAAGCCACGAGUUCCGCGAGGCUGUCUAUCAGCUGUUUGGCUACAAGGUGGACGGUCUGCCCAACAAGAUAUACAGACUGAGCAGCCUCUAUGCUGAAGCUCCUGAUGACCAUUUGCUGUUUAAGAUGAGUGGAGGUAUGGAACUGUUGGAGACACCAUUUUCGGCCACCUGUUCAGAAUUGAUUGAUCUACAUCUUCACCAACAACACUCCAUUCCUGUAUUUUUGUCUGCUCUCACUAUGAAUCUAUUCCAACGGCAGACCCUAACAUCUCAUUGAAGACGUAUUAAUAAUCCUAAGUGUACAUAGUGUAAAUAGUUGAACUCAUUACUGAGUGUUCAUAAAGUAAUUUAUUUUGUUAAAUGCUCACGAUAAAAAUAAAUUAUUGAUUAUACAUGCUUUUUGAACACCAUACAAAAACUAUUUGGUAUGCUUUACCAGAUCAAAAAUAUUUUCUCCAAGAGAACUGAUGUACAAUUUGUAUCGUUUUAAUGUUUUAUCAAGUUUUUGACUUUGACUCGAUUAUAUCAUGUCAAUUUAUAAUUAUUAUAUCCUGUAUUUUACAGUUGAUAAUGAACAUUUAUUUUUGCUUUAUUUAAAUAUGAUACUGUUUCAAUUUGCUACCGUGAACGUUUAGUUUUUUUAAGAUGUAUCUAUGCUUGAACAAUUAUUUCAUAAAAAUAUACAUAUUUUGUUUUUA